GUUCAGUGUGCUUCCAGUGUGCAUCGGGAAUGGAUUUCAGCGGCAAGAUUGUACUCAUCACUGGUGCCAGCUCUGGCAUUGGAGCGACAGCGGCCAAAUAUUUAACGGGCCUAGGUGCAACCUGUGUCCUUGCUGCUCGCAGUGAAGCCAAGUUGGCAGAAGUGCGCGAAGAAUGCGUCAAGCUACGAAAAGCUCUUCCACUCACGGUCGUGACAGAUGUGACGAAAUACGCGGAUCUUGAGAGGCUGAUUCAACUGACUAUCGCUAAAUUUGGCCAAUUGGAUGUGCUGGUUAACAAUGCCGGAACAGGCGCAUCAGGCACGAUCGAAACAGCUGAUCUGGAACAGUUCGAUCACAUCCUCGACACGAACCUUCGAUCGGUGUUUUCGCUCACCAAACUAGCGCUGCCGCAUCUUCUCGCUGUUAAGGGUAACAUCGUGAACAUCUCGAGUGUCGCUGGCACAAACAGCUUCGUGAAUGCGCUCUCGUACUGCGUCUCGAAAGCGGGUCUCGAUCAGUUCACGCGCUGUACCGCGCUCGAUCUCGCUUCUAAGGGUGUGCGAGUGAACUCCGUCAAUCCAGCGGUCAUCGUGACAAAUUUCCACAAAGCGCUCGGUAUGGAUGAUGUGGCGUACGCUGCGUAUCUUAAGCACUGCGAAACGACACAUCCUUUGGGACGGGUUGGAACUGGAGAAGAGGUGGCAGCUGCGAUCGCUUUCCUAGCGUGUGAUGCGACGGCCAGCUUCAUCACUGGCACCUGCCUGCGAGUGGACGGCGGCAAACAUAUCCUUACGCCACGGUAAUCACAACGGGUCAAGGACGAAUCAUUUUGUCGUAGGAGGUUUUUGUUAAAAAAAAUAGCGAGUGGAUCCGAUAACCUUAUUUUUUAAUCCACUUCUUUAUGCGAAUGUGCUUCCCGCAAUUUAAUCAGAACCCAAAGCCGAUAAAUAAAUAGCUAUAAAAAUUGAACC